UAAUUUAAUUUCAAGUUACUGUGCCCAUGAACAUACUUUUAAUUGAAAUGUAUACUGGGAUCUAAAAAUAAGUCAUUUUCCACAUUUCAAUUCACUUCAUAAAAAAACAGUUUAUGCAUUUUACAGUAAUACAGAAGUACAAUCAGUAAAUCAAAGUAUCAGAAUUUGAUUUUUGUAACUUUUCUAAGUGGCAAACCUCUCAAAUAGCCUGUUAGUCAGUCCAGGAUGACACAAUUCCUGGACCUCUAUGCACUGUUAUUCACUUCAGCAGCUUCACAAAAUUUAGAGACCUGUUUUGUUGCGUUCCACAGCUGCAGGAUCAAGUCCAGGGAGGUUAUGGAUUCUGGUGACCAACAUGGGACUCAACGAGACGGGUCUCUGUUUGGUUAAUGUCAGGAAACCAUUUAUUCAACACAGGAACAAUGUGGAGACUUUUGUGGACUCCUCGCUGUGGAGGAGGAGGGCACAUGAGACGACAAUGCCGCGCGACUGGGGUCUGGUGCCAAAAUUGUCAAAGCAAUACGCACAACUCUUCUGCCUGCCGCCGACGUUCGGGAAACUCACGGCGGAGCGCGAAUGGCGGCCGCGCCCAGACACAAGUUGCUGCCGCGACGUCAGCGCCACCUCGUGUCUACAACCAGCCACUGCCGGGAGCUUGGGACUUGACUUGGCAGCAGCAAUAAAAACAACGCUGAUGACAACACACCCUGUUCGAAUUCCUACGGGAGUUUACGGCCCAAUAAAGAUUAGGGGACAAGUAUAUGGAGGACUUUUAUUGGGGCGCUCCUCGAUUUCUGUGAUGGGCCUAUUUGUUUUACCUGGAGUCAUAGAUGCGGACUAUACCGGAGAGAUACAAAUUAUGGCAUAUACGCUCUACCCUCCAAUUACUGUUGAAGCCGGUCAACGCAUUGCCCAAUUUAUACCACUGCCACAAACAACCAAAGGCAUUCAAACAUUGAUGCAAGGCCCUCGGAAUAAUCAAGGAUUUGGAUCAUCAGGGAUAGCCAUGCUCACAAUGGACUUAAACAGCAGACCAAAAAAGAAAAAAUACAACAGACCGCACCUUGGAAGUACCUGGGAUGGACUAUUACCAAUCAAAUUGUGCGUCCACAAAAACUGCAGCUCUCAACAAAAAUUGUCACUUUAAAUGACGCGCAACGCCUACUUGGUGAUCUUCAAUGGUUGAAACCCAUAGUUGGCAUCCCAAACACCUUACUAAACUGCCUUCGCCCACUGUUGAAGGGAACAGAUCCCAGUUCGCCUGUCACGAUUUCCCCUCAACAGAACAAAGCAAUCAAAGAUAUUCUCCAGUGUAUAGAAGUAGGUUUUGUUUCCCGUCGCGAUAUUGACUUGCCCAUUGACCUUACUAUAUGGAAUACCUCAGAACAUCUUCUCGGCGCUCUUACACAAUUGCAG